AUGGAUACGAAGCAUCGCGAAGAGAGGCCCGGCGAGACCACCUCUGCCGACCCCUCGAUUCUCACAGAGAAGCCUCCCCAUGACAUGACAGCGACGGACAGCAACAGCAAGCAAGCACCCUCCAUUCACGAAGAUGAGGUCGAAUACCCCCACGGCCUGAAGCUCAUCCUCAUCAUCGCCUCUCUCUGCCUCGCCGUCUUCCUCGUGGCCCUCGACCAGACCAUCAUCGCCCCGGCCCUCGGCGCCAUCACCUCCGAGUAUGGCAGCGUCAAGGACAUUGGCUGGUACGGCUCGUCCUACCUGCUCACCACCACCGCUCUGCAGCCCAUGUACGGCACGAUCUACAAGCUCUUCAGCAUCAAGUACUCGUACCUGGCAGCCAUCUUCGUCUUCGAGGUCGGAUCCCUGCUCUGCGCCCUGGCCCCGUCGUCCACCGCCUUCAUCGUCGGCCGAGCCAUCGCGGGCAUCGGCACCGCUGGCCUGUUCUCCGGCUCCAUCGUCAUCCUCAGCUACACGAUGCCCUUGGAGAAGCGUCCCCUGGCGUUCGGUCUCAUCGGUGGCAUGUGGGGAGUGGCUUCCGUCGCUGGUCCUCUCCUGGGAGGUGUCUUCACUGAGAAGGCUACCUGGAGAUGGUGUUUCUACAUCAACCUGCCCAUCGGCGGCAUUGCCAUGGUCUUCGUCUUCUUCCUGCUUCACAUCAGCCGCAAGAACAACCCCGACGGAAAGACGUUCGUCCAGCGCCUCAUGCAGCUCGAUAUCAUUGGUACCGCCAUCUUCAUCCCCGCCAUCAUCUGCCUUCUCCUCGCCCUGCAAUGGGGCGGCGCCGAGUACCCCUGGAACAGCUCCAAGAUCAUCGGUCUUUUCGUCGGAUUCGGCCUCAUGAUCAUUCUGUUCAUCGGAAUUCAGAUCUGGCAGGGUGACAAGGGAACACUCCCUCCCUACUUGUUCAAGAACCGCAAUGUAGUCUGCGCGAUGCUCUUCGCCUGCUUCUUUGGCGCCGCCUUCUUCCCCCUCAUCUACUACCUCUCCCUCUACUUCCAAGCCAUCCAGGGCGUCAGCGCCGUCCAGGCCGGCAUCAAGAUCCUCCCCCUCCUGCUGGCCACCGUCGUCGCCAGCAUGGCCAGCGGCGCCCUCAUCUCCGUCAUCGGCUACUACAGCGCCAUCAUCCUCCCCUCUCUCGUCCUCUUCACCGUCGGCUCCGGCCUCAUCACGACUUUCGACCUCACCACGCCCAUGCGUGAGUGGUUCGGCUACCAGGUCCUCGCCGGCCUCGGCAUUGGCGCCGGCUUCCAGAUCGGCGUCCUCGUCGUCCAGACCGUCCUGCCGCUCGAGGACGUCCCCGUCGCGACCGCCUGCGUGCAGUUUUUCCAGGCCUUUGGCGGCGCCAUCAUGAUCGCCGUCGCCCAGAGUCUCUUCCAGACCGGCCUCGUCAGCGGCGUCGCCUCCCGCGUCCCCGAUAUCAACCCGACCAUCUUCAUCAACGGCGGCGCCGACCAGGUCCGGAGCAUCUUGACCAAGAUGGGUCGUGCCGAUGCGAUUGAGGCGGUUCUGGAGGCUUACAUGGUUGGUCUGAGACACACGUACUACGUCACGGUCGCCUGUGCCGCCGCCGCCUUCGUGGCUUGCCUCGGUCUGCAGUGGAGGAGUGUUAAGAAGGAGGGCAAGGGCGCCACUGCCGUUGCUGUUUAG